GCACAUGAAUCACAGCGAUUUUUGAUUAUCCAAAGAAUGCGAAGGAAGAAAAACUAUUUUAUACGCAUUUGCUAAAAGAUGGGGCACAUUGCAGUAAACGACACUUUUGUCGAAAUCUUUUCGGAGGCUGGAGGCUCGAAGCCAUUUACACGCUCCGAGACUAUUACUGCUGCAAUAUGCGCUAUAAUAUUCAGCAUUAUUGGAGUAUUAGGUAAUUUAAUAACGGUAAUCGCAUUGUUAAAAUAUACCAGACUGAGACGACACGCCACCACGGCAUUUGUGAUAAGUCUAAGUAUCUCCGAUUUGAUCUUCUCGGCGGUAAACUUGCCUCUAACCGCCAGUAGAUAUUUGAACGAAGCAUGGGUUCUGGGUGAAACUCUAUGCAAAAUAUUCCCCUUAUUCUUCUACGGAAACGUCGCUGUAUCUUUACUCAGUAUGGUGGCCAUUACUAUCAACAGAUAUAUACUGAUCUCACAGUCGGAUAUUUACAACCAGUUAUACACUACUCGCGGCAUAAUGCUGAUGUUAAUAAGUAUAUGGACUCUAAGUUUCUUGAUGCUGCUGCCACCCUUAUUAGGCAUCUGGGGUACUCUAGGACUAGAUCCGGCUACCUUCUCAUGCACCAUACUGAAGAAAAACGGUUCCAGUCCGAAGAAGUUUUUGUUCAUUCUUGGCUUCAUCGUACCAUGCGUAGUGAUUAGUGUUUCGUAUCUCUGCAUAUAUUGGCGUGUACGCAGAAGCCGAAAGAAUCUCGAGGCUCACGCAGCAGAAAGCGGUCGACGAGGCGGUGGCUUUCAACGGCGGGAAGAUUCCAGAGUGACCAGACUGAUGCUUACUAUAUUCCUUUGUUUCCUGUUGUGUUUUAUGCCGCUGAUGUUGAUGAACGUUAUCGACGAUAAGAUGAAGUUUCCGAUACUUCAUAUAGUGGCGUCUGUGCUCGCAUGGGCAUCCGCGGUGAUAAAUCCUUUUAUUUAUGCCGGCACCAACAAACUAUACAGAGAGGCGUACAAACAAAUUCUGUGUCCAGUUUCAAGCAGGACAUCUACAAUCGGUCCCAAACCAACGCAUUCUCAUUCGAGCAAGUUUUUGACACCCCAUACGAUAUAAACAUAUCUUCCGUUCCGAAAAUAAUCGAUCGCCUCGAAUUAAUGACGAUAAAAAGUAGA